AUGGCACAAAAUAUAAUACUUGUUUUUGUUCACCUUUAUUUUCUGGAACAGCUACAUGUAUAUCUCAAUCAGAAUACAUGUCUCAUAUUUGUUCUAUUUUUUCCACAGAGCAAUGAAGUUCCAAAUAGUUCAUUGUGUGAGCAUGAAGGGUUAAAAAGAAGUGUUAGAUUUCUGAAGGAUGAGGGGUUGGAGUUAGACACCCUUAUUACAGACAGACACAGACAGAAUAACAAGUGGAUAAAGGAAAACCUUGAUGGAACAAACCACUUCUAUGACAUCUGGCAUGUUGCCAAGGGCACGGGGAAAAAACUGGAUGCUUUGGCAAAGGUCAAGGAUUGUGAUAUUGUUGGUAAAUGGAAGCAGUCCAUCACCAAUCAUAUGUAUUGGUCCGCAGGUUGUACACCAGAUAACAAUGCGGAUAUGAUUGUUGCCAAGUGGGAGUCUGUUAUCCAGCAUGUGCAAAACAUCCACACCAACCACCAAAAUGCUCUUUUCCAAAGUUGUCUUCAUGAUCCACUGGAAGAUGAUGAGCGGGAGAUUAAGUGGCUUAAUCCAAGUAUUAUUUAUUAUGCCUAUUCAAAUUAA